UCGCAGAACCACAGAGAGUGUGUGUCAUGCUGGCAGUGUGUGGGCUGAACCUAGCAGCCCUCCACUCGUCCUGCCUCUCCCACUUCUUCUUCUCCUCUCUCCCUCCACGUCUCCGGAUACUCCACCUCCUCUUCCUCUUCUUUUCUCCAUUCUCCAUCACCUCUUCCUCUCCUCCUCCUCCUCGGUUCUUCUCUCCAUCUCUCGUUUUGUUUUUUUAUGUUCAGUUUUUCCAUCAUGGAGAGCUAGUCGCUGAUCUUCAGGGAUGGGCAGGGCAGCUCUCUGAAAACAAUCUGAAACCCUGAGACCUGUUACUUCUCAACUAUUAUACAGAAGAAAACACUUGAAGGUUACCAAAGCCUUAUUCUCCAAGAGGAACAACAACAUCCACAGGAACUCCUUCAUCUAGUAUUAAAGAAGUAUUCAUGAAAUUUUAACUUCAUCAACUCAAGAUUUCCGACACCCACACUUAUAACAAAACGUAGAGGCAAUAGAAGCUGGAAAACUGGAUCAUCAGACUGGACCAGAACCAAACGAGACACCUGGCAGAAUCUGAGAACCUCAACAAGCCAGAAGAGAUCAGUGGAAAUUGGUAAAGUCCUGUGGAAAAGUUUGAUGGGACUGCUGACAAUAGCCACAUGCCUCUGAGUCCGACCGCUGACACCAAACAUGAUCGCCCGCGGCAACAGGCGGUUACUAACGGCAACCCAACAGGCUCUGCUGUCGCCAGGGACGACGACGGGGAGGACCCGCCCUCUGGAAACAGCGUCGUGGUCCGAAUCGGGAUCCCGGACCUGCAGCAGACGAAGUGUUUGCGGUUGGACCCAGAGUUACCAGUUUGGACCAGUAAGCAGAGGGUUCUGGUGACGUUGACUCAGUCUCUGUCGGAUGUUUUGAACUAUGGUCUCUUCCAGCCGGCGUUCAACGGCCGAGCCGGAAAGUUUCUGGACGAGGAGCGCCUGCUGAAGGAGUAUCCUCUGCCCAACAUCACUCCCAUCCCGUAUCUGGAGUUUCGCUAUAAGAGACGAGUUUACACUCAGAGCUACGUUGAUGACAAACAGCUGGCAAAGCUUCACACUAAGGCCAAUCUGAAGCGAUUCAUGGAACAUGUUCACCAGAAGAAUGCAGAGAAAGUGGCCAAAUGGUUGGAGAAAGGCCUGGACCCGAACUUCCACGACUCGGACAGCGGAGAAUGCCCUUUGACCCUGGCUGUCCAGCUGGAGGACAGCUGUGAGCUCAUCAAGGUUCUGCGCAGCGGCGGGGCCCACCUGGACUUCAGAACCAGAGAUGGCAUCACGGCUCUGCACCGGGCCGUUCUGUGCAGGAACAGCGCCGCCCUGACGACGCUGCUGGACCUCGGCGCGUCGCCAGACUACAAGGACAGCAGAGGCCUGACUCCGCUCUACCACUCUGCCAUGGUGGGCGGCGCCCCCUACUGCUGCGAGCUGCUGCUGCAGGACCACGCCACCAUCGGGAUCACUGAUGAGAACGGGUGGCAGGAAAUCCACCAGGCGUGUCGCUAUGGCAACGUGCAGCACUUGGAGCACCUGCUGUUCUACGGUGCCGACAUGAGUUCCCAGAAUGCCUCAGGAAACACGGCGCUGCACCUGUGUGCCUUGUACAACCAGGACAGCUGCGCCCGGGUUCUGCUGUUCAGAGGAGCCAACAAGGACAUAAAGAACUACAACAACCAGACAGCCUUUCAGGUGGCGAUCAUUGCGGGGAACUUUGAUUUGGCUGAAAUAAUCAAGAUCCACAAAACUUCUGAUGUUGUUCCCUUCAGAGAAACCCCGUCCUAUACCAAGCGCCGCCGGGUCGGCGCCACCAGAACCCCUGCUGGGAAUGGCCUGUCGUCUCCUCGCUCUCUGAUUCGCUCUGCCAGCGACAACGCCCUGGAAAGCCCCGCCUCCUCGCCCGGCCCCUCCCUCCAGAGCCUGGAGACGCAUCACGACUCGCACACGCACUCCCUGAGACGCCACCCGCGCCGCCUCAGGUACGCCCCGCUGCACACGCACCACGCUGCGGUCCGGCCACCGCCUCUCACUGGUGUGUCGCCCCGCAGCCCCGGUGGGGGGGGCCACGCGGAGACCAGUCCCCCCUCCUCACCCCCCCACACGCCACAGAUGAGGAAGAGGAGGCUCUACAGUGCCGUGCCAGGGCGCACCUUCAUCGCCACACGGUCCCACGUCCCCCAGGGGUCUGGAGAAAUCCAGCUGCACAGGGGCGAGCGGGUCAAAGUGCUGUCGAUCGGUGAAGGAGGCUUCUGGGAGGGAACGGUGAAGGGCAGAACCGGCUGGUUUCCUGCCGACUGCGUGGAGGAAGUCCAGAUGAGACAAUACGACCCGCGACUGGAGACGAGAGAGGACCGAACGAAGCGGCUCUUCAGACACUACACCGUGGGCUCCUACGACAAUUACACCUCCUACAGUGACUAUGUGAUCGAGGAGAAGACGGCCGUGCUGCAGAAGAGAGAAAGCGAAGGAUUCGGCUUCGUCCUGCGAGGAGCUAAAGCUGAGACGCCCAUUGAGGAGUUUGCUCCCACGCCGGCGUUUCCUGCUCUACAGUACCUGGAGUCGGUGGAUCAGGGGGGCGUGGCCUGGAGGGCGGGGCUAAGGACCGGAGACUUCCUGAUAGAGGUGAACGGCAGCGACGUGGUGAAGGUGGGUCACCGCCAGGUCGUCUCUCUGAUCCGACAGGGAGGAAGUCGCCUGCUGAUGAAGGUCGUCUCGGUUUCCAGGAAGUCAGAAACAAACCUGAUCAGGAAGAAAGCCCCGCCCCCUCCGAAGCGAGCCCCAAGCACGUCGCUGACGCUGCGGUCCAAGUCCAUGACGGCCGACCUGGAGGAGAUCGCCAGGAGGCGCCGUUACGAGAAACUAGAUGAGAUGCUGGCCGGAGGUCAACAGGAAGUGGUUCUGAGGGCCCGCCCCACCGACGACUUCAGGGCGGCGACGGUCAAGCAGCGGCCGACGAGCCGACGCAUCACGCAGGCGGAGAUCAACUCUCUGUUUGAGCGCCAGGGUCUGGUCCCGCCCUCCGCCCCGGAGAAGAGCACCAUGCCGCUGCCCAGAGGGAUGUCCAGAACAAAGAGCUUCGGCACCCCGGACGACGACAGAAUCUCGGCUCUGAUCCACGAGAGCCGUUUCCCUCGCAGCUCGUCUCUGACGGACGGCUCCAUCCCGCCGCCCCCUCAGACGGCGCCGCCCCCGCCGCCGUCCCCCUCUGCGCUGUACCUCUUCGACUCCGGCCCGCCGCCGUCCUUCCUGCCGCCGCCUCCGCCGGCCCGAGGCGAGGGCCUGACUCGCUCCAGCUUCAAGCCGGGGGCGGAGCCGCGGCUGCAGGAGCUGUCAGACGCCAGGAGCCACGCCCACGCCGAGCGCCAGCGCAAAGCGCGGUCCAUGAUCAUCCUGCAGGACACGCCACCACCACCGCCGCAGCCCGACGGACACGCCGCCGGCGCCGCGCUCCACACCGCCAUGCAGACCUCCACACUGUCCAUCCACAGCACCAGCCCCGCCCUCGGACACUCGCCGCUCUCCCGUCGCCGGGGACGACCGAUAGAAAACCCGUACGCCAACGUGGGACAUCAAGCCGCGCCCAACAAGCCCCAGAGGAGGAAGUCUCCUCUGUUGAAACAACUUCCUGUUGAGGAGCAGGGUCUUGGGAUCAAAGACGAUCCGUUCAAACCCGACUGUGGUGGACUGAUGAGCCCGAGCCGAGCCGAGCUGUACCAGCAGCAGGUUCUGUCCGAGCGCGCCCGGGUUCAGGGUCGCCGCUCCUCUCUCUUCCUGUCGGUGGAGGGGGCGGGGUCAGACAGCCAGGCUCCGCCCCUCCUGACCCAGAGCCACUCCAUGGACGACCUGGGCGAGCUUCCGCCUCCGGCGCCGGUCCUGUCGCCAUCACCGACUCCGCACACCUUCCUCCACCCGCUGACGGGGAAACCUCUAGAUCCAUCGUCUCCACUCGCACUGGCUCUUGCCGCGAGAGAGCGAGCGCUCACCGCCCGAACGCCGAGUCCCGAGCCUCGAAUCAAACACUCCUCUGCCUCCACCACGCCCGUCCCCACCCCAGCUGCCAGUCCAGAGACCAGACACAAACGCACGCCGUUCACCACCCCACAGGGCAGCCCCGAGCCUCGAUCCAAGCGCACCUCUCCUCAGACGAGUCCGGAGCAGCGGACCAAACACUCGACGCCUCAGACCAGCCCCGAGCUGAGGCACAAGCGAAUCACGCCGCCGCUGUUCCCCGACGGACAGGUGGAGCGACCCGAGACGGAGGGGGGGGUGACGUCACCCGCCGCUCCCUCCCCCGAACGAUGGAGACCCUCCCCUCUGCCGGCGCUGGCCAAUGAGAGCCACUCGGCGCUGAUCGACCGGCGGCGAAGCCUCACGGUUGGCAGCUCGGAGGAAGAGGGCGGGGCUUACACCGUGACGCUCCCACCUGCCCUGCUGUCCUCUAGCGACGAGGAAACCAGGGAGGAGCUGCGCAGGAUCGGCCUGGUGACUCCGCCCCCCGCCUUUGCCAGCUCCCCUGCCCCGCCUCCCCCCACCUCCCUGUCCCUGUUGCCACGGCGAGGAGGUGAGGGGGGAGGGGAGAGCGGCCCGGAGUCCCUCGUGAAGCGAGGAGACGAGGAAGAAGGAGGUGACGAGCGUCUCCAUGACAGCUCCUUGUCCCCCAGUUCGCUCCCUCCGUCCAUCACGCUGGCGUCCCCCCCCGCCCCGACCUCUCCCUCCUCCCCCCCUGCUGCUCACCCCGCCCCCUCCCCCUCCGCUACCUCCCCAUCGGCUCUGAAGCCCCGCCUGCGGUCGCCGAUCGGCCGCGGCCGCUCCGUGCUGCGCGACCCGCUGCUAAAGCAGUCGUCCGACAGCGAGCUCCUCCCCUCCGCCGCCUCCUCCUCCCCCUCCUCCUCCUCCUCCUCCUCCUCUUCCUCUCUAGCUUCCUCUUUUUACAGUAUGUCUGUGGUUUCUUCUGGAGUGAGUGGCGUGCGUGUACGUGCAGUUUUUCUCUUUUCUAAGCUCCGGAGAGCACACGAUGACAGCUGAUGAGCUCUUUGACAGAUUGUAAUCUUUAUAAUAAACCGUCAUUUAUUACAAACUGA